GAACAGGAAGUGUCGAUCAGUUGUACGGGCUUAACACGGGAAGCUAAGUAGCGUCUGCUCAAUACUAAACUAAAACGCUGUGGUAUUUUGAAAAUGUCGCCCUCAAGCUCGGACGUGUUCAACUAGCAAGAGCCACUCGGCACCUGACGGCCAGACCGAGGAGGCGGCUCUGUUAUAGAGAGUGCGCGGUGUGCUCGCUCUUUUGUGUGGCACUAGCUUUACUACUCUGCUAGCUUAGCCUUUGCAUGGGAAUGUGUUAGCUCGCUUGACAGCGACGGCAGCUAAAAUUAACCGAGUUAUUAAAACCAGAGCGAGCCGGGUCUCGUGCGCGUGUGUGCGCGCGUGCGUGUCUCUAUGCGUGUGCACGCGUGUUUAUUCAUGCCACUUUUCCGUGGGACUCCGCUGCACCUGAAUGUUUGCUGGUAGAAAUUGCAGCAGCUGCAGCUAGCACAGCGUUAGCUCGUCGACGACAGCCAUGGAGUUUAAGUGGAGUUUAAAGACGACGAGGACACUCUGUGUUCUCACCGUUCUGCUGAUGGUCUCCAUCCGGGGAAUCGCGUCAGAUGAAGAGCAGCACGGGAACGACGGCCCAGAGCUGAAGUCUUACCAUGACCCAGACAACGAAGAGGAGGACGUCCAUCUGUCACCGGUGAUCGUGGCGGGCGCCUCUGUGACCUCUGGCCGCGAAGUCUCCCAACUAGAGGAGGAGGAGGAUCAGUCACCUGCCGACGGCCUGGAGGGAGAGGAGAAGGAGGACCUUCCUGAGCAGCCUCCUCCAGCUGAGGAGAAACCCAAAGAGGUUCCUGUGGUGAAUGGAGGUACGGCCCACGGAGAACCCUGUGUCUUCCCAUUCCUCUUCCAGCGGAAGGAGUACAUUGACUGUACCACUGAUGGACGGGGGGACGGACGGAUGUGGUGCGCCACGACCUACGACUAUGAUCUGGAGAAAAAGUGGGGGUUCUGUGAGACGGAGGAGCAGGCACAGCAGAGACUGCAGGCGGAGGAGGCGGAGGAGCAGUAUCAGACGGUCCUGCUCAUGCUCAAUGUAACCGCCAGGAAGACACAGAAAAAAGAGUUAUAUGAAAAGCUGCUCAAAGUAGCGGAGAAGGGCCACCAGAAAGCCAUGGAGAAGGUGGCCUACGCCAUGCUGUUUGGGGAUUACAUGAACCAGAACAUCACCAAGGCCAGAGAGAUGUUUGAGAAGCUUGCCGUGGAGGGCUCUCCCAAAGCUCAGAUGGCCCUUGGUUUUCUCUAUGCUGCAGGACUUGGAGUUAACUCUAGUCAAGCUAAGGCCUUGGUUUACUACACCUUUGGUGCACUUGGUGGAAACUUGGUAGCUCAUAUGAUUCUGGGAUACAGAUACUGGGGAGGUGUGGGUGUGCCCCAGAGCUGUGAGUCAGCACUAACACACUACAGGCUGGUGGCAAAUCAGGUGGCCAAUGACGUGUCCCUGACUGGGGGCUCGGCCGUGCAGAGGAUCCGGCUUCUGGAUGAGGUGGAGAACCCAGGCUCCACCAGUGGGAUGUUGGAGGAGGAUCUGAUCCAGUACUACCAGUUUUUAGCUGAGAAAGGAGAUGUUCAAGCUCAGGUGGGAUUGGGUCAGCUUCAUCUGCAUGGAGGACGUGGAGUUGAACAAAAUCACCAGAGGGCGUAUGACUACUUCAACCAGGCUGCAAAUGCAGGAAAUACACACGCUAUGGCUUUUCUUGGCAAGAUGUACUCGGAGGGCAGCGAGUUUCUCCCGCAGAACAACGAGACGGCUCUGCAGUACUUCAAGAAGGCUUCAGACCUGGGGAAUCCAGUGGGGCAGAGCGGCCUGGGCAUGGCCUAUCUAUAUGGACGAGGUGUCCCAGUGAACUAUGAGCUGGCACUGAAAUACUUCCAGAAGGCAGCAGAGCAGGGCUGGGUGGACGGACAACUCCAGCUGGGCACCAUGUAUUACAAUGGCAUAGGUGUGAAGCGUGAUUACAAACAGGCUCUCAAGUUCUUCAACUUGGCCUCACAGGCAGGCCACAUCCUGGCCUUCUACAAUUUGGCCCAGAUGCACGCCACUGGCACCGGUGUGAUGCGCUCCUGCCACACUGCUGUGGAGCUCUUUAAGAAUGUGUGUGAGCGCGGUCGCUGGUCGGAGCGUCUGAUGACGGCCUACGCCAGCUUCAAGGAGGGCGAGGCGGAUGCUGCGCUGGUGCAGUAUCUGCUGCUGGCGGAGCAGGGCUACGAGGUCGCCCAGAGCAACGUGGCCUUCGUCCUGGACCAGAAAGGGGCAAAGAUCUUCAGUGAAAAUGAGACCUACCCUCGCGCUUUGCUCCACUGGACAAGAGCUGCUGCACAAGGUUACACUGUGGCGAGGAUAAAGCUCGGGGACUAUCACUUCUAUGGCUACGGGACAGAUGUGGACUACGAGACAGCCGUCAUCCACUACAGACUGGCAUCAGAGCAGCAGCACAGCGCACAGGCCAUGUUCAACCUGGGCUACAUGCACGAGAAAGGCCUGGGCAUCAAGCAGGACAUCCAUUUGGCCAAGCGCUUCUAUGACAUGGCUGCUGAGGCCAGUCCCGAUGCCCAGGUCCCAGUUUUCCUGGCUCUGUGUAAGCUUGGCCUGGUUUACACACUUCAGUACCUGCAGGAUUUUAACUUGAAGGAGCUUGUUUCUCAGGUGGACUUGGACCAGCUUCUGGGCCCCGAGUGGGACCUCUACCUUAUGACCGUCAUCGCCCUGCUCCUAGGCACAGUCAUCGCCUACCGACAGCGCCAACACCAAAUCAUAGUGCCGCCUCGUCCUCCGGCCCCUGCCCCAGCACCCCCUCCCAGGCCACCUCAGGAACAGCCACAGGCCGAGACCCAGGGUCAGGGAGAAGCACAGGGCCAGGGCCCGGCCCAGGAGGAAGAGGAGCAGCAGCAGUGAGAGGAAGCCAGACGGAGCGAGGGCAGGAACAGACAGACGGAAGCUGUGUCAGCCCCAUGCGUGGAACAGCUGCUGCUUACAUGCUGAAUUUCUGCUAGUUUGAGCAGCUCUCCCACUCGGCCCGCUCCCCUCCACACGCUGAAUCAAGACUUAAGAUCGCUGCUGGACUGCUCAGUCGCACAACUUCCUCUCUCCAUUUAGAAUAUACUGGUCGUGUGCUUAGAGCGAGGCAGUGGAGGUGUUUAUGGACAGUGCUGCAGAACAGACCGCUGAAAGGAUGGAUAAUAGAUAACACAGACUUGGGACUUGUUAGUCUGUGACUCAGGAUACUGCAAGAGGCACUCGUGUCCUCACCUUGGAAAUAGUCCUGCAGUUACCAGAUCAAAAGCAUUUUGCUGAACAGAUGGAUGUGCAUUAGUUUCUUCACACUUUCAUUUCUUCUUUCUUUUUUUAUGAAAUUACACUCAGUUGAACUGUUUCAAUCCUAAUUAUGGGCAGAAAAAGAAAAUUUAGUCAAAAAAAUGUGAACUAAGAUCAUUUUAUUUGCUAAAAGAAGUCAUGGUGGUGCAUGUUUUUCUGGUCUUUAUUUUUUUCAUACAUCCAGUAAGUGAACAAGUUUUGCAUUGCAACUCUGCAGUCAUUCGUUAUUUUUUUGAUUAACAUAUUGUCAGGUCAGGACCUCCGCCUACCUGCAAUUCACAAAGAAAGACAGUUUUUAUUCCUUCAGAAUUAGUUACAGUGCUAAAAUGUACUAACGCCAUGUUAUGUCACCAGUGUAAGAACAAGAAAUAUGUUGAGUGGUUGGUAGAAAUGCUGGAUUUGAUGCUUGUUUGAUAAAUUAUUUCAUUUUAAGGACACAGGUUGAUGUUUUAUGUUAUUAUUAUGUUUUUCAAUGUGACAGAAACCUAGGAGCUGCCGACGUCGGGUAGAACUCAGCUGUCACCAAAAUCUCUGAGGCGGAUCCAGUUCUCAGUCUUUCGCUCUCCAAGUGUAGUGAAAGCAGAGAGCUCAGCCUUUUUCAAAAUCCAUUUUAAAGAGCAAAUGUCAUUAAAAACAGAUACACACAGUCCAGUGAAAGAAAGCAGAGAGCAGGGUUUUUUUGGGCAAAGUGCUGUACACUGGUGUGAUCUUUUUUCCAUCAUCAUGCCUCGAUUUGUUAUAUUUUUUUGGAUGGAGUUUAAAUACUUUCCUCCUUCCUUGUAGUUCAUUAAGCCUUGUGUGUGUGAGCCGAGGCAGAAACUGGAACAGCCUCGCAGACACUAGCGCUUUCAACUCUGGGUUGUUGGAUCGUUUCCACUUUAGAAGAAGGAACUUUCUUCUUUUUUUUUUUUCAGCUGUUGUGAGAAUUUCCACCCCCUCACAAAAGAUCAAGCUGGAGCUCUGUGCUCUGCUCACACUUCUCAGCUCAGAUGGAAUCUGUGUCGGCGAUGGAGAAACAAAUGAAGCCCUGGAAGUCUGGCUUUAUGGUAUUUAUCCAAACAAGAUUAGAAGCUAAAUUAUCCACAUGCAAGUUUAUUCUCUAAUGUCCAUUUUUGCUCGUUAGAAUUAUGGAGGAUCUAUCAGCCAGUAAAUUUAGUGUUUGAAGUCAAAAAGGAGAAGAAAUUAUUCCAAACUGUUUCACUGAAAUUAAUACGCCUGCGUUCAUGCAUUGAUCCCCACACUCACAGCCACAGUCUGUCCAAAAUAAAAAAACUCAUGAAGACGGUCGAGAAGACUGGAUUUUUAUCAUCGCAAAAAAUACAAGUUUGUAAAGAAAUUAAUAAAUGAUACGUGGAUAUUUA